AUGGCAACGCCGCCUGCAUUCGGGAAACAGGGACUGUUGAGGCCUUUGGUCAUGGAGCCUUGCUCCGGCUUCUACUGGGAUCCGGUGCUGGUCCUCGACUUCAAAGGUAUGUACCCUUCCCUCAUUGUGGCUCACAACAUCUCCUUCGACACCUGCUUGGGUCAUUUCAGGCGCACCCUACCCGGGCCCCGCUGCCAGAUGGGAGUUCGUACCGGCUCCUGGCCACUGGGUGACGGUGGUGCCGCUUCUGCAGCGGGGUUCUCGGGGAUGCGGGGCUGGGAAGUGGGUUUCACAGCGCUGCACAGCGCCGUUAGAAGUGUAGCUGCUCUAUCCCGGCGCGUGAGAACGGGUAUUCGAGUCUUCCCAAAGCGGCCAGCGGUAGGCUCGGUCCUCGAAGAGCCCAGCAGCGAUUCACCCGACCGGAGCAGGUGCCUGCAGUUGCCUUACCUGGAUGGUGAAGUCGUUCGGAUUGCUGUCACCAAAUUCGCGAAGGGCUGCUCCGACGACUUUCGUGUGGAAUCUGCAGAGCGAAGGUAUCGUUUGGGUGGGGCAGACGCCGACUUCAAAAUCAAGAAGCAUGCCCACAGCGUGCGGCUGUCCGCUGGGAUUUUCUACAUUGCCUUCACAUUGCAGCUGAUAGUGUCGGCGGGAUCCGACCGGCUAAUCCCUCCGACAGCAGAGCUGAACACAAGCAGAGUCCACAACUUGGGCCUGAUCUUCGUCAAGAUUCGGCCGAUUCGAGACAAGCUCGACUCGGCGAUGGUUGCAGCGGGGCUGGGGCUGACCCAAUUACGGACCGAGCCGCGUCACUUCCUGAUCGCAGUGCUGCGAGGAGCUGAUACGGACAUGGAAUCUUUUGUGACGAAGAGCGGAAAGACUGGGGCAGUCAGGAUCGCACAUGCCGCCCUGGAGAAUGCUUUGCGGAACGUUGCAACCGGACAUGUCGCACCAGCCGUUCUGCAGCUCCGCGCGGAGACGAAGCGCCUCGCCAAGCAGAGCUCCACCUCGCCAGCCAUGGCAAAGCGCCUGGAGCACAAGCAGUUUGCCCUGAAGUACUUCGCAAACGUGACCUACGGCUACUCCUCGGCGUCCUUCAGCGGUCCCCCAACAACGCCCCUCCAUUUUGGCUUCAAGCAUUUGCAGCUCAAGUCCCCGCCUCUUCGAUCUCCAAAGCCUUGUGGAGACCUGGCAAUGACAGGAAAGCUUCCCGCAUCUGCGUCCAGCAAUGGAGUGGCGGUCACCUUCAACAAGCUCACUUACUCCGUGCCCGUGAAGAAGUCCAAAGAGAGAUAUGCCAUUCUGAAGGCUUUCCAGCCAGGCCGGCUCACCGCACUGAUGGGCCCCAGUGGUUCCGGCAAGACCACCUUGAUGGACAUUCUUGCCGGUCGCAAAAGCGGCGCCGGUCAGAUCGAUGGUGAGGUCCUCUACGGAGGCAGUGCCGCUUCUGCCGGGGUGCUCAAGCAUCUGACUGGCUACGUGGAGCAGUUCGAUACCCUGCUUGGCGAACUCACGGUCGACCAGAUGCUUAUGUACACAGCCGAGAUGAAGCUCCCUCGUUCCUUGCAGAAGGAGGACAAGCGGAAGCGAGUGGAUUCCGUGAUCAGUCAGCUGCGCCUGGAGAAGUGCCGCAACACCGUCAUCGGCAAUGUGCUACGACGAGGCAUAUCCGGUGGCCAGGCCAAGCGUGUGAACGUCGCCCUCUCCUUGAUCUCGCAGCCUUUGGUGGUAUUCUUGGACGAGCCCACCUCUGGACUCGAUUCGAAGAUGGCAAAUGAGGUGUGCUCCAUCUUGAAGGAACUCGGCAAGGAAGGCUAUACAAUCGUGGCCACCAUCCAUUCCCCGACAAGCUAUGCCUUCUCCCUGUUCGACGACCUCAUGAUGCUGCAGGCUGGAGGGGCCAUGGUCUAUGCCGGCAGGGUGGCUGAUGUGAAAUCGCACUUCGUCCACUGCGGCUAUCCUUUCCCGGAAGAGCAGGGCUAUUCCCUACCAGAUUGGCUGGUGGACACCACUAGCGGAGCUACUGGCUCACUCACAGAUGCAGAUGGUGCAGAGGACGGCGCUGCGGCCACUGCAGACUUCUCGCAGCUCUGGCUCAAGAGCCCUGCCAGCGAGGCCUAUUCCAAGGAUCUGAACGAGACCUUUGAGAAGCUGAAGGCCGAGCCACUGUCGCUGAAGACUCUGCCAACUUCCGGGCCUGGACAGUUGCAUGCUCUGAAGACCUUGCUGUCAUACCGCAUGUCGACUCACUACAAGGACGGGGAGUUCCUGGGCCCGCGCUUCGGGGACAAGAUCUUCAUGGCACUCCUCACACUGUCUCUCUACUGGGGCAUUGGCAGCAAGAGCGACGCGCAGAGCAUCCAAUCAACCGCGGCGCUGCUGUUUUUCGUGUGUGCCCUCUGCGGCUAUGGAGCUGCGGCCUAUGUCCCUUCUUUGACGCUGGAGCGAGCCCUCUUCUACCGCGAGCGUGCAGACGGUCUUUACACCGGUCUGACAUACUAUGUCUACAAAUUUAUCGAGGAGGCAGUGCUGUGCGUACUCACGAGCUUGGUCUUCACCAUCUCCGUUUUCUACGCCAUGGACCUGCAGGGAAGCCUGGCGAUCUUCACUGUGGCCUACUUCCUCACUGCCAUGGUGGGCAUUGUCCUGGCCUAUGCCGUGGCUGCCGUGUCACCUAACAUGGAGGCCGCCAACGCCCUGCUCCCAACCUAUGUCACUACAUGCCUGUACUUCGGUGGGCUCUUCAUCGUAUUCAACAAGAUCCCAGUCGGAUGGUACUGGUACUCCUGGACAUCCUUCAUGAGGUAUUCUUGGGCGGUGCUGAUGCUCAACCAGUUCAAGGAUUCGGACCUUGGAAAGUUGCAGGUCUUCUUUGAGGACGGACAGCCAGUGACCAUUUUGGAGUUCUAUGGCAUGGAUGAGGGCAUCAUGGCCGACACGGGUUCGAUGGUAGGCAUCUUGGUGGGCCUCUUGUUCUUCUUUGCCAUUCUGGGUGCGCUGGCAGUGACCUUCAUCUCCCAUGUGAAGCGGUGA